AUGUCCCCAACCUCCAAGCUCUACGUCGCCAUCUACAACGCCGAAGGCAUCUACAAACACUGGAACAUAUUCAUCGACGGCCCAACUGCGAAAGAAAAAAUCAUCCUUCAGGCCAUGGGCUCCUCCACCAGGUACCGGUUCGACGAAAGCAACUACAACGCUCGCGAAUCCCCAGAUCUCCUUCUACUCGUGUACCUUUGCCACGUCCAAAACUCCAGUUUCGGCGCUAUCAGAGAUGCAGCCCGAGAGGUGGUCAUCCAUAACGAAUUCCCGGGAUAUAAUUGUCAGGAUUAUGUUCUGGAGCUUUUGGAUCUUUUGGAGAAGAAGGGGUUGGUUGAUGGCGCUGAUGAGGGGUAUAAAUGUUCGAAGCAGAUGGUGGUGGAUGAGCAGGAGGGGUUGGUUUAG